AUGAUCUGCGCAUGAGUGAUAGAAACUUCCUUUUUACCUGAAACGUCAGCCCCCAGCCGAAGCUACCUGGGCUAAUCGCCUUUGAAGGCUUAUAGCACCAAAAUGGGGUUUGUGAAAGUAGUGAAGAAUAAAGCUUAUUUCAAGCGAUUUCAAGUUAAAUACAAGAGAAGAAGAGAGGGGAGAACUGAUUAUUAUGCCCGUAAAAGACUUGUUGUACAAGACAAGAACAAGUACAACACUCCCAAGUACAGAAUGAUUGUGCGCUUCACUAACAAGGAUAUCACAUGCCAGAUAGCGUACGCCAGAAUCGAGGGAGACGUGGUCAUCUGUGCUGCCUAUGCCCACGAGCUUCCCCGCUAUGGCGUCAAGGUCGGGUUGACAAACUAUGCUGCUGCAUAUUGCACAGGAUUGCUGCUUGCUCGCAGGUUGCUGAAACAACUGAACCUGGAUAGUAUCUACAGUGGAGUGGAUGAGGUCACUGGAGAUGAGUACAUGGUGGAAGAUGUGGAUGGGGAGGCUGGCGCCUUCAGGGCCUACCUGGACGUAGGUCUGGCCAGGACCACCACUGGUGCUCGUGUGUUUGGUGCCAUGAAGGGUGCCGUGGAUGGAGGCUUGGACAUCCCUCACAGUCAAAAGCGCUUCCCAGGCUAUGACGGAGAGAGUAAGGAGUUCAGUGCUGAGGUCCACAGAGCUCAUAUCUUUGGUCAGCAUGUGGCUGACUACAUGAGGAAACUGGAGGAGGAAGACGAGGACGCCUUCAAGAGACAGUUUUCUCAAUACAUUAGGGAGGGAGUCACCGCUGAUUCUAUUGAGGAGGUUUACAAAAAAGCCCACGCUGCAAUUCGUGAAGAUCCAGAACGUAAACCUGGCCCAGAAAAAGAUAUCAAGAAGAAGAGGUGGAACCGUAGCUCAAUGUCUCUUGCACAACGCAGAGAUCGUGUCAAACAGAAGAAGGCAUCGUACCUUAAAAAGCUGGAAGAAGCUGGAGAUGAUUAGAUUUGAAUAAAAAAAAUGACUGCAAUGCCAAAGGCAAUACUUUGUAAGAAUGAAAAUUUAAAAAAAUAUAUAUUGAAGUAUGUGCCUAUUAAAUGCCUAAGGCAACACGAAGUGAAA